ACAACGCUCACAAGAACAACCCAGCGAAACAGUUUCAUCAAUUCCACGCUUUCUUCUUCUCUUCUCCCAAAGAUUCAACAAUGGCAACACUAGCACCUGGAAUCUUGAUGAAGCUCCUCAACGGACUCAACACCGGCGUCAAACCCACCAGCGAGCACCGCAGCUCGCUGUUACAGGUAACCGACAUCGUCCCCGCCGAUCUCGACGAGAAGAGCCUCUUCCCGAAACAAGGCUUCUACAUCAAAGUCUCCGACUCCUCACACUCCAUCUACGCCGCACUUCCCUCCGAUCAAGACGACAUCGUUUUCAGCAACAAGAUGCAACUGGGUCAGUUCAUCUACGUCGACCGGUUGGAACCCGGUUCCCCUGUUCCCGUUCUCAAAGGCGCUAAACCACUCCCCGGUAGACACCCUCUCGUCGGAACGCCGGAACCGUUAAUGGGUCUCCGUGACAAGAAGGAAGCGCCGCAGCCGCCACGUGGUGGCGGCGCAACACCGCAACAACAACAACAACAACCGAUCAGAAGAGGUUCUUGGGGUACUGCAGGGAAGAAUCUUGAUGAAAACAACGUUUCUUUUUCUUCUCCGAUGGUUUUCAAGCCGGUGAAUUUGGAUUUUGAUCAGUUUUCUGCUGCUGCUGCUACUCCUGUUAGAGACCGUUGUGCUGUUCCUUCUUCGCCGUUGAUUAGAGGGAGGGUUGGAACUGGAACUGGGACUCCGGUUUCUGGUGUUAGAUGCUCUGUUGGUGGAGGGCUUCUGGCGAAGAUGACGGAUUUCAAGGGGGAUAGUCCUGCUUUGCUUAGGAAAAGCUGUGCGGUGUCUUCUUCUAAUGCAAGAUUUUCCAGGAGCAGGAGUGUUUGUGAACGAGAGCCUGUAACUCCCUUCAAGUCAGCUGAGAAGAAAAGUUGUACUCCGCCGCCGCGGUUGAGAAAUGCAAGAGUGGCAUUUAUUGGGGGAGAUGCUGCUCAAAACCAGGACUCAAAUGUUCCUUCUCACCCCAAAUCUCUGUCUACAACUAAUUCAGCAUUUGAUAAUAGCAACAAUCAAAGCCUCCCCAAGAAUUUGCCAGGAAACCUAAGUUUACUAGGGAAGGAAGCUGUGCAGCAAAGAGAAGUGGCUCAAAAGAUUGCCCUUCAAGCAUUAAGAGAUGCUUCAGCUACUGAGGCAGUAGUUCGUUCCCUCAAGAUGUUCUCAAAUUUAUGCAAAUCAGCUCGAGCCGAUGCUCCUGCUGCCUGUUUUGAACGGUUUUUGGAGUUCCAUAAAGAUAUUGUACAAUCAGUUAGUGAAAUGAUGUCCACUCAAGCAGCUACUUUAGCUUCAGAAUUGGCUCAGAAAUCAGAUAAACAACCUGAAGAAGAAUCACAUAUUUUACAUGAAGUUGCGCAGAAUUCCAUGGAGCAAUCCGGGAACUCAGAAUCAAACUUGUCAAAGAGGAGGGGUGCUUUGAGCAAGUCAAUGGCUGCCAUUCCUGAAAGACAUGAGCACAAAACAAGUUGUGGGAAGCUCCUAAGAUCAUCAAGUACGAGCCAAAAGGAAAGUUUGGAGAAGAAAGGUUCAUCUUCGGUUUCAAAAAUGACACUAGAACCUGUUGUCGAAAAUGAUGAGAAUAAGAAACCAGCAUCAUGCAGCUUGAGCAGCACAAUCAAACUGGGAAAGCAGAUUGAAACAGAAGCUGGAAAUUGGUUCAUGGAAUUCAUUGAGAAGGCCUUGGAAGCAGGUUUGAAGAAAACAAAGGAAGCAUCAGGUGGGGAUGUUCGGAAAGUUCCCCAGUCUCUCAUACUAAAAGUUAUGAACUGGGUUGAGGUUGAACAGUUCCACAGUACCAAGCGGCCUAGACAUCCUAAAGCAGCACAGAUUGCUAGGAAAUUAAGAAUCAAGAUGAAAAAUCCUUGAUAUAUUGGUGUUCAAUUGUGAAAACCCAAUCAAAAUGUGUCAGUAGUGUGGAAUAGUAGUUGUGAGUUGUGACAAAUCUUUUCUCCAAAAAAAUGGUUUGAGAACUUUUAAUUGGAUUGAGUUAAUUUCUACAUAUAUGGAAGGUGCUCUUCAUGCAGAAAUAUGCCUUCUACAGGUUAUUUGUUUGUUUCAAGCUUUCCCAAUGUCAUGUUUUUCUGUUCUAAGGAAUGGGAUCUGGUGAGGUUUGAACAACCAAUAAUAGGCUCUUCUUUUCCUUUUGUUUAUUUUA